AACCUCGUGCUGAAUGUGGUGCGAGGAACAAUUUCGGUUGGUAACAUUGUACUCAGGGAAAUACGAAAGUACAAUGUAGCGCGAACAUUGCCCGCCUUUUACGUUAGCAAGUUCUUUUCAGUUUUUCUUUUAAAAUGAAGUUUACUUGUAGCAUAUGCAUGGACAAUUUCAGCAGCGAAAAUAUCGAUAACAUAACUGCCACUGGUUGCGGUCAUGUUUUUCACGAAAUGUGCCUACUCCACUGGACAGAAAUGUCCAAGACUUGCCCAGCUUGCAGGAAGCCGUUGCGUCCGAAGCAAGUGUUCAAGCUCUAUUUUAACGUGUCUGAAACGAAAGAAGUCGAUGUCGGAGACCUUCAGAACAAGCUGGACGACGCGAAGGCACAGCUAAGGGCAGCAAAUGUGGAAAAAAUCAAACAGCAAGAAGCAGCCGACAUGCUCAAGGCUUUCCUUAUUCAACGAGAGGAAGAAGUUCAGAAGUUCAAGGACAAGUACAUGGAUGCGCUCGGCGAAAAGGCCCAGUUGCAAGCUAAGAUACAGUCUAUGAGAAAGGAAGUAUCGGAAAAGCGGCAGUUAUACGACGAAAAUAUUACUUUGCGGUCUCGAAUAACGCACUAUGAAAGUCUCAAAAAGCUGAUAGACGGUAACGCAAAGGAAGCAGAUGAGCUUCUGAAGUCUUAUGCAGACGAACCUGGCACGCUAAAGAAUUUGGCGACGUAUUGUGUUCUUGUGAAACGCCAACUGCAGACAGUAACGGACAGCCGGUCACAGCUGAACAAGGAGGCGCUCGACUUAAGAAAAAAGGUGGCCUACUUGGAAGUUCUGGCGAGAGAGAGAGUGGCCCGCAUACGUACGUUGGAAGGGGAUGUUAGUCACCUCAAGGACAUGCUCCACAGGGCGGAAGUCAAAGCGGAGAAGGACAACACUUCUGCGAGCACAAAUGCCGAUGAUGGUCUGAUUGUAGAAAGCCCAGCACCUGAACGAAUGAAACGCCCGCGCUUGACAAACCCUGAAGAAACACCUUCUCCAAGUGUUGCCUCUCCAGCUCUUCGCAUUGUGACCUCUGCUUGGCACUCAAAAGCUCCAGACGGUGCGACACCGACGAGGGAACCACUGCUGCCACGAAAAACAAGCUUUUUCCGUCCAGCUGCUGCUACAGAUUCAUUCAAGUCGGUCAUCAGGACUGGCUACAAUGGUCUAGGUGGUCAUUCAAAGCAUGUUGUUGGAUCAAAGCCACCUCUGAAAAAAUUCUAGGAUCCUGUCUUGUACGUUGAUGCUUGCAUAUGCCAUUGCUAGCUGCUUUUGUUUUGUGUAAAUAUUUUAUUUAUUCUAGCAAAUAUACUGUCCCUUGUAUUUAUACUGGUACGUAAAUGCAUUCAAAUUUCAUAUUUUUGUACCUUAAUUUCGCUGAACAAACAGAUCUCUUAUUUCACACAUACACACAUGAAAAUAUAUAUAUUAAUGAUGCACUGUGAAAAUAAAGGUGUUACAUAUUUCUA